GUCCAGGCCCGUUUUGAGCAGGUGCCCCGUAAUAGGCGGACUGACCCCCCGCUCAACGCCACGGCACUGAUGGCAGUGGCCGCGCGCGACAAUAUCUCCUCUAUAGUGGAGUUCCGGUUGAGACCGGUAGCCGCUCGUUGGCGGUACCAGAUGUACGUCAUUGUGGACAAGGAGUACGUGUUCUGGUGGGACGAGUCCAUGAAAUUGCAGUACUUCAAGGGCGUGACCCUCUACCAGCCCGCGGGCAUACAGAAUAUGUCGCACGUGAUCGCUAUGUUUGACUCCGGGGUCGGUGUGGAAGUGAUGACCGAUGGCGGACACCUCACUGUCCACGUGUAUAUGCCCUAUACGUUCCUGAACGGGACGGGAGGGCUGUUGGGUUUAUAUUCGCGUGACAUCCGGGACGACUUUACGCUACCUAAUGGGCAACAGAUAUCACUGCAGAGCACUCAGGAGGACAUCCAUAUGCGGUUUGGGAAGGCGUGGAGAGUGCAGGAACGGGUGGCUAUCGGGGACCCCAAUCAGGUGGCCUCCCUCUUCCAUCACGACGCCAUACCGUUCGCCCACUACGACGACCCCAACUUCCUGCCCGACUUCGGUCUACCGCCGCGACUGCCCGAUUGGGCCGAACGCCUGCGCCCCGAAAUGGAGUCCGUGUGCGCCGACUCCGUGUCCUGUCAGUACGACUACGUGAUCACCCUGAACAAGGACUACGCCAAAGUGACCAAGCAACACGAGGCAUACGCACUCUACCUGGCCAAUGAGGCUAAUAGGAAAUAUCCCCGAUGCCCGGCCCUACCGAAGCCCCUGAAUGGUCGCAAGUCUGAGAACAAGUAUUGGCCAGGUACUAUUGUCAGGUUCUCGUGCGAUGAUGGCUACCGAUUGGUCGGUAAUGAAACGCGCCUUUGCCGAGAGGACGGCCAGUGGUCUUUGGGUGCGGACCCCAAGUGUAUCCAACGAAAGGUUAAUUACGAACAAAUCCAGUGGAUUACCCAUCAGGACAACUACGAGGGUCUCAAGGGGUCGGCAGCUUAUGUGGGUUUCAACGCUGGUAACACUACCCGUACCUACGAGUUCAGGCCGUUCUCGCAAAACCCUCGCGUAUCCUACCUGACCACCCGGGGCUGUGGUAACGGUUUAAGAGGGCGUCACUUUUUCCAGAUUGACGGGGAGGUGUGGCCGGGCGCCUGUAUCGAGAAGGCCUUAUAG